UGUGGAAGCAAAAGUUUGUCGCAAUUGUAUUUUCAAUGAAUGUAGUUAUAUGGAGGUUGGUGGAUUUAAGUUAGUUAGUUUAACCUUUUAUUUUAUUAAUAUAAUAAUGUAGUCCAGUCAACAUUAUUUAACCCUCCAAAUUUAUAUAUUAAGUUUAUCAUCCCUAUUUGAAAAAUAUAAAUUGGUGAUUGCAAUGAAUUUUUGUUAAAGUUUUAACAAUUUGCAUACAAAAAUCUUAAAUCAAUAGCUGUGAUUAAAAAUUUUCAAAAAAAUAUAUGUAUUAUGAUUGCGAUAUAUAAAUAAGCACAGCUUUUUUGCUCUCCUGAAAACUUGUUAUUUUUGACUCACGCGGUUUUAGAACUUAAGAGACGAUAUUUCUUUUCUUAGAAUCCUUUGUACCAAUGUAGAAGAUUAGUUGUUAUUCAUAGAAGUUUAUUUUGAUACCGGUUGUAAUAAAUUUUAUAUAAUAAAAUAGCAUUUCAAAAAUUCAAAUACAUUGGAUCAGAUAGAUCAGCUGAUUGCUGUUUAUUAUUACAGAUACACGAGAUACAAAGUUACGGUAUUGUUAACUUUGUCAAAUGUUAAUGUUUAUUUUAAUUUCUUGUAUUUUACUUCGUCCCCCUUUCUAUUUCUCUUCAUCCCAUAUCUUAUUUCACCAUUCAACGUACAGUGGAACAAAGAGAGCUCUUCUUCAGAUCAGAGGCCGUUAAUUUUUAAAGUUUGCACAAAUUUUUAGACUAAAAAGUCCAGUAUUAAUAUUACUGUCUAUGUAACGUCGCGUUCGAUUUUUGGUGGAAAUUUCAAAUUUAAAGCUCAAUCUACAAAAACCUUUGGUUUUAUUACAUUCGUUUCGUGUGACCUUUAUUCAGUUGUAUAUUAGAUUUUAGACGUUUAAUAAUUGUUAUUAAAAAACUAUUAGUCAUUUGUCCAAUUACAUGGAUUUUAUACUAAAGUUUAAUUCCAAUAGGUCAUUUCUGUGAUGACGUCACAAUCAGCCGUACUAAGCUAGAGGGGGAGCAACCAUUGCGUUAUUUACAUUAAAACUAUUAUUAAUAGUGGUAUUUCAUUUUUAUUUUUUUUUAUAAAAAAUAUUCAUUUUAAUGAAAAAGCAAUCAAAACAAUUCUUUAUAGAAAUAAAAAUGACACCCAAUCUUUAUCCACGACAAUAUGGCCAAAUUUUUAUGUUAUGUUACUCGAAAUGAGACGUUUCUAACUCAAAAAGCAGUUUCCGAACAAUGAUGUACGUGAUCCGAAUUACUUUUCCAACAUUCAGAUAAUGAUCAUAUUGAAAUGAUCUUAGUUUCAGUAACAUUUCAUAAAUAUAGAGAAUAAUAGAGAGUUUAUAAGUUCGAAGUAUUUUUGAUAAGACACAUUUUCUCUUAUCAAGCACACUUCAAUUUUAAGUAGUCGCUUUGUGUUUAAAUAACUAGUAUCAAUAUAUCACUCAAUUAGUCCGUAAAGUUAUCAGUAAGUGAAUUUGAUUUAUUAAUAUUUGCAAUAUGACAAUGGAACUGAUUACUUACCUACUAUUAAUGGCUAUUAUCAGCAUUGGAAAUACUGAAGAUGUUUAUAAAAAACGAUUUUUGGAACAAUACAAUAAAAUACAUGAUCCAGCCAAUGGUUAUUUCUCUUCCAAAGGAAUACCUUAUCAUGCAGUUGAAACUCUUCUAGUGGAAUCAUGUGAUCAUGGUCAUGAAACGACAUCAGAAGCUCAUAGUUAUUAUAUUUGGUUAGAAGCAAUGUAUGGUGCAGUAACAGAUGAUUAUUCUAAAUUCAAUCAGGCUUGGGAAAUAAUGGAAAAAUAUAUUAUUCCUCUUCAUGAAAGUCAACCUAAUACAAAUCUCUAUAAUGCAUCUCAUCCUGCUAACUACGGACCUGAAAUGGACUAUCCUGAACAGUAUCCCACGGGACCUGUUGACCCUCCUGCUCGAGUGGGAGUGGAUCCACUGUACCAGGAAUUAGUAGAUGCCUAUGGAACUAGCGACAUUUAUGCAAUGCAUUGGUUAACAGAUGUGGACAACGUUUAUGGAUUUGGUAACAGCCCAGGUAAUUGUGAACUUGGGCCAGGUGAACCUGGACCAUCUUUUAUCAACACUUACCAAAGAGGAGAGAGAGAAAAUGCUUGGAAAACUAUUCCUCAACCAACUUGUGACUCAUUCAAGUAUGGUGGUCCACAGGGGUUCGGUAGUAUAUUUUCUACUGGUGAACACGCUCCUAAUUGGAAAUACUCCAUGGCUCCUGAUGCUGAUGCUAGAGCAAUUUCAGCAGCUUUCUGGGCUUCAAGGUGGGCUACUGAAAGUGGCCAACUUUCUCAGAUAAUAGGAACUUUAGAAAAAGCUGCCAAACUCGGCGACUAUUUGAGGUAUUGUUUUUUCGACAAAUAUUUUAAGAAAAUAGGAAACUGCAUAGAUCCCUACGCAUGUCCUGGGGGCACUGGCAAAGAGAGUGCGCAUUAUUUAUUAGGAUGGUAUUUUGGAUGGGGAGGUUCAAUAGCUACGCAGUAUGGUUACUCUUGGAGAAUAGGGGAGGGUGUGGCUCACUUUGGUUACCAAAACCCUAUGGCUGCUUUUGCAUUGAUUAAUGAGCCUAAUAUGACUCCCAAAGGAGUUACUGCUGUUGAGGAUUGGAAAAAAUCCCUAGAUAGACAAUUGGAGCUGUACGAGUAUUUGCAAUCUAUUGAAGGUGCAAUUGCUGGAGGUGUGUCUAAUAGCUGGAAAGGUAGAUAUGAAGCACCACCAGAAGAAUUAACUUUUAAUACUUUCCAUGGUAUGUUCUAUAAUUGGGAACCAGUUGCUGUUGAUCCUCCAUCGAAUCAAUGGUUUGGAAUGCAACCUUGGUCAACGGAUCGAUUGGCUCAAUAUUAUUACGUAACUGGAGAUAAAAGAGCUGAAAAAAUUCUUGAAAAAUGGGUUUCUUGGAUCAUAUCUGAAACAUCUUUUAAUGGAGACUCUUAUCAGAUGCCUAGCACAUUAGAUUGGGAGGGAGUACCUCCUAGUGUGCAUUGUAAGGUGGUUACUUAUGGAAAUGGAGUUGGACCUGCAGCUUCUACAGCUAGAGCUCUCUCUUAUUAUGCAGCAAAAUCAAAUAAUACAGAGGCAAAGGAUUUCGCCAAGAAGUUGUUGGAUAGUAUGUGGAAUUUAUAUCGAACUUCAUUAGGUAUCGCUAUCGAAGAAAAACCCGAAUUUCAUUUCAACCAAAGUGUGUAUGUACCACAAGGUUUCGAAGGUGUAUAUCCCAAUGGCGAUAAGAUAAACUCAGAAUCAACUUUUAUCAGUAUGAGAUCCUUUUACAAAAAUGAUCCUCAGUGGUAUGAGAUUGAACAGUAUAUGAAUGGAGGUCCAUCCCCAAAGUUUACAUAUCACAGAUUUUGGGAUCAAACUGCUGUGGCCCUUGGAUUUGGAGUUUAUGGACUAUUAUUCAAUGAAUAAUCAAAGCUUUAUUGAGUUGAAUACAAUUAUUAGUAUGCAAGCAUUUUAUUUCUGAACUUUACAUAAUCACAUUUGUUCAAAAAUUAUACUCAUCUCCCGUUGAUUAGUGUCAAAAACUUAAUAUUAUAAUAUGAAAUAUCGAAAUCCAUAAUGAAAAUAUAUUUAGUGAAAUCACAAUUUGUCACAAUUUGUAACUGUAUCUAAACAAACAUAUCGUCCAUUUAGAUACAAUAGCUGUGAUUUUAGAUCAGUUAUUAUUUCCUUAUAUUCGAAAAAAAAUAAAUUAUUUUAACUUGUAUACAUUCACUAGGACGUUUACUAAAGUAUAUAUUCGACUCCAAUCAAAACAGGUACGUUUUACCAUAUAAUUUGAAUAAAAAGAUAAAACUAACCUAACCUCACUAUUGUAAUCUUGUUAAAUAUAAUUGUUUUAGAUAAAAUGUACAGUUUGAACUUUUAUUUUGCGAAAUCAAGUCGUUGUGAAUGAAAUCAACCUUCCUAAAUAAUUUCACGGUAUACUUAAGAAAAUUAUAAAAUUUCUGAAAAAUGUGAUUUGUUAUACCUACUAAAAUAUCUGAUGAGUUUUCAUGAAUUUCUAUUUAUAAGUGGAAUUAUUCAGAAACAGUUAGUUUCGUUUACAAAAAUAAUAAUUGUUCUAAUUCUUUUCUCAUGUUUUAUAUCUAAUUUUAGCGUUUUUCAUCUAAAUAAUAAUGGUGCAGUGUUGGGCACCUGGCUGUAAGCAUUACAAUGUCAGAGAGCGUUGUAAGUUUUAUAGAUUUCAAAAGGAUCCAAAAGUAAGAAGCAAAUGGAUAAAGCUAACAAGGAGAACAACAGAACCAGGUCCCGGAGCUUUUUUGUGUAGUUGUCAUUUUGUAGAUGGAAAAAAAGAAAAUGGGCCAACCAUUUUUUUACACAAUGAAGGAAAAAUGUUUCAUGACCAAUAUCCCCAGAAAAAGAAAAGACCACUUCAAGAUGGGUUGGAAUUGCAAAUUGAACCACAAGCAUCUACGUCAAAAGAAACAGACGACUUCUCUCAAAGCAACCAUGUUAUGACAGAAGCAGAAAACUAUUUCUUACGACAAAGUCUAGAAAAAGCUACAGGUAGGUCUCUCUCACUUAUCAGAAACAUUCUCCUUUGAUCAUAUUAGGAGUGAUAAUAACUUGGUCAUUUUAUAUACUGGUUUGCCUACAACAGAUGUAUUCAUGGCUCUGUAUCAUUUGUUGGAAAAAAAUGAAAUAUUAUUUUGAAUGGAAGGUAGAAAAAAUGAGAAAAAUUGAUCAGCUGCUCAUGACUUUGAUGAAAUUCAAACAAAAUUUUCCACAUCAAGAUUUAGCAGUAAGGUUUAAUGUUUCACAAGGCACAGUCUCAAAUGUUGUAACAACAUGGGUGCAUGCCUUGCAUGAAAUUUUAUUCAAACAAUUCAUGUCUGAAAUACCAGAUAGAAGUAAAAAUCAGUUGUGCUUACCAAACUGUUUUAGUAGUUUCACAAAUUGUAGAAUUAUAAUAGAUUGUACGGAAGUUUAUACUUAUAUAAAUCGCCAAAGUAUGUCUUCCCAGAAGUUGACGUACAGCUCAUAUAAUCAUAGAAAUACAUGCAAAGGAUUAGUAGGUGUUGCACCAAAUGGUGUAGCUACAUUUUUAUCAUGUUUAUAUCCAGGUUCAACAUCAGACAAAAAAAUUGUCAAAGAUUGUGGAAUCUUAAAUCAACUUAAACCUGGAGACUUGGUAUUGGCAGAUAAAGGAUUCCUAAUUAAAGGUUUAAUGCCUCCCGGAGUUCAUAUUAACAUUCUCCCAUUUCUUACAACUCCUCAAUUCACUACAGAACAAGUUCAUCAAAUUGAAUGCAUUGCUCGAGCAAGGAUUCAUGUGGAGCGUGCUAUAAGGAGAAUGAAGGUGUUCAAUAUAUUAAAUUUAAUUCCACAUUCUUUGUUACCACAUGCUGAUGCUGUGUUUCAGGUAGUAGGGGCUUUAACAAACUUGCAGUAUCCUUUAAUUAAAGAAGUUGGACAACUUUAUUAUGAAGGGAUUCAAAAGAUUGAUCAUAUCAUUAAAUUUUGUAUAAAUAGUUUUUAAGUCUUAUGAACCUAUUUAACUUGUAAAACAUGUUUAUCUUUGCAUUGUAUCUGCACUUGUCUGUAAUAUAUACAUUGUUAUUUUAAAUCUGUUGUUUUACUUACAAAUAAAGUUAUAGCUAGUUUUAUUAAA